AUGUCAUUGGACCUCCCACUCAUACCUCAAUUUAAGAUUGUUUUUCAAGCCGUAUUUCUUUACGGAUUAGACAUCCAAGAAAGUUACGCGGUUUUAGAUGACAUUAAGAUCAGCGAUGGACCCUGUGCAGAUUUUUGCACACCAUUUGAAUUCCAUUGCUUGCAGAGCGAUGAAUGCAUCGAUAUAAAUUUACUCUGUGACGGUAUUCCGCACUGUAGAGAUGGAACAGACGAAGAUGCAUAUCUUUUUAAAGAUUUAAGAAAUUUACGGGAUUUGAAUUUGUCAAAUAACAAUAUUUUUUAUUUAUAUGCAGGCCUUUUUCUUGAUUUACGAGAGUUACUUUCCCUGCAGAUUCAAAAUAAUAAGAUCAUAAGUGCAGAGGGAAUAAGCAAGUCCUCUUCAUAUUUUAUAUUAACCUGCAAUCUCAGUUUUGCUGAUUUAUUUAUGGGAAUCUAUUUGUAUAUAAUAGCUUUUGUUAAUAUGGUCUAUAGCGGAAAGUAUGGGUUUGAAGACUUUCAUUGGCGUCAUAGCAAACUAUGCAUUUUUGCAGGGGUUUUGGCUACGGUUUCCAGCGAGGCGUCGGCUUUAUUUGUAUCAUUAAUAACUUUUGAUAGGAUUUUAGCUAUAACACGUCCAUUUUCAAACCCCCAUCUUGUAGCUAGAAGAGCCAUUUUAUUGUCGGCCUUAGCAUGGAUAGUUUCUUUGGUUUUAGCAUUGUGUCCUUUAUUUAUUCCACUUGAAGACUUCUAUGCCCAAACUGCCAUUUGUAUAUAUCUUCCUUUGUCCGUCAAAAGACAGUCAGGUUGGGAAUAUUCAAUGGUUGUUUUCAUUGGAUUCAACUUCAUUCUUUUUCUUGGCAUACUUGUUGGGCAGAUUUUUAUACUUGUUGAGGUUAUAAAAUCUGGAAGGAAAAUACAGUCCACAAACACCAAACGACGAGAAAUAUCACUAGCGAAGUCAGUUGGUGCUGUUGUUCUGACAGACCUCUUAUGCUGGAUUCCAAUCGGAAUAAUUGCUAUGAUGACAUUCUCAGGAGUAGAUGUUUCUCAGGAAGUCUACAUUUGGAUAAUAGUUCUUGUUUUACCGAUAAAUUCUGCUCUGAAUCCAAUUCUGUACACUUUGUCAGCUCUCAUAAGAGAAAGGAACAGACAAAAUCAGACUCCACAAAGAGCAGAGAUGUAGUGAUACAUGUUUAGUGUGGUGAAGGAUAAUAAUCAAUGUAAGAAAGUGAGUUUGAAAUGCGUAACAGUACCGAUAUAAAGUAACCACAAGAAACC